AUGAUGCCUAUACAAUUACAUUUGUGCAUGAAUCUGAACCUGAACGUAACACAUAAUGUACAACCUUUUCAAGUGAUGGUAUCGGAUUAUGUCGAUCAAGCUGGAAAUGUAUAUUUCGAUGUAGCUGUCAACAAUUAUAUCAUUGGUCGUAUUCAAUUUAAACUAUACGACGAUGAUGUUCGAUUAACAGCAGCCAAUUUUCGAGCAUUAUGCACCGGCGAAAGAGGUUUUGGCUACGUAGGAAGUACAUUUCAUCGUAUAGUACCUCAGUUUAUGGUUCAAGGUGGUAUGAUCAACAAUGACAGUUGUACCGGUGAUAAAAGCAUCUAUGGUGAAUAUUUUAAUGAUGAAAACUUUAUACAUAAACAUUCAAAACCUGGAAUUUUAUCAAUGGCUAAUGUUAAGCGACCACAUACUAAUGGUUCACAAUUUUUUAUUACCACUAAUCCAGCACCACAUCUUAAUGACAACUAUGUACAAUCAAACAAUAAAAACAUACAAUUUGGUUGUCGUUUAUCAUUAAUUUGUGAUCUAUCAAUUAGUUAUGUUCAACAUGGAAAAUUUCUUGAUUUCGCUUAUAAUGAUAGAAGAUUUAAUAUAAAAAUUGAUCCAUCACAUUUAAAAUAA